AAACGGCUGAUAUCAUUUAUUGCUACAUUCUUCGCGUAAAGUAACUGGAAGAGAACUAAGUGCUCGUUGCUUGUGAAAAUUUGCAAAAUCGAUAUCUGCUCGAAAAACAGGGAAUUGGCCUUUUACAUAACUUGGUGCUACACAUCAAAAAGCGAUUUGCUCAAAAUCCGGGUUUCAUUUUUUCGAAUCGAAACCCAUUGAACAGCAGUCGUAAGUAAUCCUAGUGAUAAACGAAAAAUAGAAAUCAGCGUGGCACAAGUGACCCUUCGGCGAUUUGGUUGCUAGAGAAAAAUGAAAAUCAAGACCGAACAGGGAAAACGGGCCAAAAUGGUUAAGGAAACGGGCUUCUACGAUAUAUUAGGCGUAAAGCCUGGCUGCUCCCAGGAUGAUUUGAAGAAGGCAUAUAGGAAGCUGGCACUUAAGUAUCAUCCGGAUAAGAACCCGAAUGAAGGCGAAAAGUUCAAACAAAUUUCGAUGGCGUAUGAAGUGCUAUCCGAUCCGGAAAAGAAAGCAAUCUACGACGAAGGCGGUGAAGCAGCUAUCAAAAAGGGCGGAGCCGGAGGUGGCAGCGGUUUUCACAGUCCAAUGGAUAUCUUUGAGAUGUUCUUCAACGGCGGUUUUGGUGGACGCAGCAAAAGAGAACGGCGUGGAAAGGAUUUGGUCCACCAGCUGUCGGUUACGUUGGAGGAAUUGUACUCGGGCGCCACUCGGAAGUUAGCUUUACAAAAGAAUAUUAUCUGUGAUCAAUGUGAAGGUCGUGGCGGCAAGAAGGGUGCCGUUCAAAAAUGUUCCCCAUGUAGAGGAACCGGCGUUGUGACUAAGCUUCAGCAGCUAGCCCCCGGAUUCGUGCAGCAGUAUGAAGAAGCAUGUCGUAACUGUCGCGGAAUGGGUGAAAUCGUUGACGAAAAGGACAAAUGCAAAACAUGCAACGGACGAAAAACGGUACGAGAUCGUAAGAUUCUCGAGGUUGUUGUAGAAAAGGGUAUGCGCGACGGACAGAAAAUUGUUUUCUCCGGCGAAGGAGAUCAAGAUCCAGACUUACAGCCCGGUGAUAUUGUGAUAGUUUUAGACGAGAAGGAAAACCCAAUUUUCAAACGAUCCGGACAGGAUCUCAUUAUGCAUACACAGCUGCAGUUGGUGGAAUCGCUUUGUGGUUUCCAGAAAGUGAUUAGGACAUUAGACGAUCGAAAUUUGGCCAUCACAUCAUAUCCAGGCGAAAUAGUUAAACACGGAGCUAUAAAAUACAUCGCCGGUGAGGGUAUGCCACAGUAUAAAAACCCAUUCGAAAAGGGACGACUUGUAAUCCAGUUCUUCGUUGUGUUUCCGGAAUCAUUACCGGUCGAUUUGCUUCCCGCCCUAGAACAAUGUUUGCCUGGGCGGCCAGUAGUGAAAGUCCCUGCCAACGCGGAAGAAUGUAAUAUGAUGGAUCUGGAUCCAGAGCAGGAUCGUCGAGGCGGCAGUUACAAGAACGCGUAUGACGAAGACGAAGACCAUCACGGUCCAGGAGUGCGAGUGCAGCAAUGUGCCACCAGCUAAGCACCUUCCUUCAUUAGCCAAGAGAAAAACUAUUACCGCCACGUAGGGAAAUAGAACGGAAGGGGAGGAAUGGUCGUUAACUGUCAGUGUGUGCGCAUUAGAUGCUAAAUUAGACCCUUAGUUUGUUUUUCUUAACCAAAUCGCCGUUUAAGAUAAAAUCCAACCCAUGCAGCAACCUUUACUCGUACCAUUUUUCGGACUGAUCGGCCAAUAGAAAGGACAAAGACAGAAUCAAACGUUUUUUUUCGAAUUUAUUUUCCUUGGACGUAUAAAGAAACAUCGGCAGGAAGGGAAAUUUUAAUGCUGCGGAAUGUUGUCCGUCUGCAUUCCAAAACUCUACUAAUUAUCGAAAGUUGAACGUCCAAUAAAAUUACAUGAGAAAAAGUACGUCAUUUUUCUGUAUGUCAUUGAACAAAAAGCCGAUUUAUUUUUUCGUUUGUACAUCGACGAACACCCUAUGAUAAAUCUUGAUACACCUAUUUAUUGCUUCAGCUGCAUCCUCGGCACAACAAAAAAAACUUAAAACUCUGCACUAGUAAGAGAUUUAUCAAGAAAAUCAGAUAUGAGUAAGGAUUUUGAAUGAUGCGCGGAGUAAACAAAUAGAAUUCAAAUGAUACAACUUGGACAACUACUAGUUGAAGGAAUAUUUAAUGGAAAACCAAUCAACAUCUAUACAGUAAAAAUAAAAUCUGUUUUAAUCUUUCUAUCUUUGUUUGAAGAAAAUAAAACAGCAUAUUUUAUGAUUGUCAGUAA